AUGAAAGUCAAAGUGAGCGUUGGAUCGAAAUCAUUCCAUAUUGAAAUUGGUGAAGGAGAAGGAUCAGUUUCAACACUGGGAGAACUAAAAGCACUUGUAGCUGAAAAAGCAGAUAUAGACCCCGCCUUGAUGAAGAUCAUUCACAGAGGAAAGACGGUCACUGGAGGCAAUGAUCAGUCACUGUUCGAUAUGAAUUUAAAGGAUAACGACAGAGUUAUUGUAAUGGGUAAAGCUUCGGUUUCAUUGAAGGAUGACCUCGGUUACUCCAGUCUCGUUUCAUACGAGAAAACAAACUUGUCCGGAUUACAAAAAGAACAUCAAGAUAUCGAAAGCGAUCUCAGCGCACUGGAGCGGAAUUAUCUCGAUGGUGGCAUAUUUUCCUUUAAAGGUGAUGAUUCCAACGAUCCCUCGUUAAGUUCUCCUCCAAUGUCUCGUCGAGGUGUAGUGCAUGGAUCCGGUUCAUCCAAAGAAGGUGAGCUGUUAUCGUUAGUGCAGAACCUGGUAAAUGCGUGUAUAUCAAGACGUUUGGUGGAGCAGAAAAAGUUUGCAGAAUGUCUCAAACGAUCGUUGACUGGAGUUGCAGACCCAUCUGAGACGUUUCUAUACUACUUCUUGAAGAAACGCUCUUCUGAUGAAGAUGCACUCAAAAAUCUUUUACGAGCUGUCGAGAUGUGUGUCGACGAUUUAUGUCUAUUACUGCUGUGCGGGUUCAUUCACGAUCUUGUCAGUGUGGGUAGUAUCAAAGCUCGUUUGGCGAGACACAGGAAGCUGAUCAAAGCCGAUGCUACUUCCGCCCUCAUUCGUACGCUUCGAUGUCGAUUGAAGGAGGCCAUCUGCCGUAAAAAAAGUCGGACAACAAAGUGUGAAGAAGAAGAUACAACUUUGGCUGAGCAAUGCGACGAUGCUGUAGCAGCUCUUGUUCUUGCCGUUGGAGCCAAAGCAAGGAAUGCUCAGUUGGCUUUGCGUCAUCGCGGAUUCGCUAAGCAACUUUUAAUGCGGAUAUCUUCUCUGGAAGCGAAGGAUCCUAUUGAAAGUGCUUUUUUAGCCCGAUGUCUCGAAAUGCUCUAUUUCGUCGCGAAAACUAGGAAAGCCCGUGUUCUCCUUGUCGGCGAAAAUGUGGUGUGCCGUAUGCUUCCCCUGCUUGAACGCCAUGCCUGUUUGACGAAGGAAGAGAGCUGUCAACAUUCUUCUACCACAUCAACUGAUGUGCAUACUGAAAUUUGUCUGAUUUCUCUCGCCGUACUCAGACUGCUUUCUAUUAACAGUUAG